GUUUCGACUUCCGCCAGUCGCGCCAUUGACGCGUCAUCCCCUUUUUCUAGACCUCAUUUUGCAUAUACAUAAUACACAAGCGCUAUAUGUGAAGAUCCCCUACCUAUAGCCAACCGCCCAUCAACCGCACGCCAUGUCCCACUCGAACACGCAAGCAACCAACAAGAUGCUCAGCACGCUCUCAACACCAACGCGCGACCUGACCGAACUGGCCAAAGAGGAAAAGAGCUUUACCUUCAACCAUUUUACCUGCGAACAUGCUUGGGUCAUUGGCAAUAUCCUCCGAAACGCGUUGAGAACCGCCGAAUGCCCCGCGCUUAUCCACAUCUCGUCUGCGAAUCAGACGCUGUUCCACUCGCCCAGCCUGCCUGGCAUAAUGCCCGAUCACGAGAAGUGGACGGAGAGGAAACGCAAUACUGUGUUGAGAUGGGGUCAUUCAACCUGGUUUAUGAACUGUCAGUUUGAGGGCGAUUACAAGAGGUUUGCGGAGCACAAUGCUAUGAGCGGAGAUGAGUGGUCGAAAUAUACCAUUGAAGGGGGCGGAUACCCCGUCUUCGUCAAAGGUGUAGAAGGUGUCGUUGGCGCUAUCGUUCUGGUCGGUGUUGGCAUGGAUAGUGAGCAGGCGCAUGGUGUCGUCGUGAAGGCUGUGGAGGAGUACAAAGACCUCAGAGAAGGGUUCCGCAGCCCAAUGAGGAGUAUGACGGUCAAAUGACUAGAUGGCCUGGGUAAAGGAGAUGGUCUUGGAAUCACACUUGGCAUCGAUGAGAGGAUGAGAAGGAGCAGAGAGAAGAAGACCUGAGCGCACGAUAUGAAGUCUGUUAUAUGGCUUGGAUU